ACAGAGCAGAAGAAGAGAGAGAGAGAGAAGAGAGAGAGAGAGAGAGAGAGUCCGCCCGCUGACUGUCCGCUCCGUUGCUCUACACUUUCCUCCCACCCAAGUGGUAUCAAUGUUGUCUGGCGAUGGUGUGUAAGGAGAACGUGGUAUCAUGGUUUGGGAAUCUGUCCAGUUAUAAACGCAUCGAUGUGAUGUGCACAUUACUGAACAUGUGCUUGCCGUUCGAAGUACGAUACCUUGGCACAUGCAUCGAGGAGAUCGGCAAGCGGGACUACAAUGACCUGCGCGACUCGGAGCAUCAUGCUAACAACACCUCCGACGUGGCCGAACUGACGACCUCCAACGUGACGGAUAAACGUACACGAAGAAAACUGGCUCUUUACAUGGCGCUGUUGCACUCGUGCAAUUACCCCUGCGCGGUGAUCCUGUACAAAAAUCUAUCCAACUUUGAUCACCAGGAGAUCACCAGUCUGAUCAAUGGAACCUUCAAUACCAACGUGGACGAUCAACCUCUGGAAGAGUUGCUGCUGCUGUAUACGAUGGCACUGAAUCAUCCGGCCUUCACGUACGAGCAGAAGAGCGUCUUCGGCAACAUAUUCAUCAAGCUGCAGGAGGAAGAAGCUCGUCUGAAUCUUUCAAAGAUAAACUCUUCUUUCAAACCAACACAAGGCUGUACACCGUGCAUGAGCACGAAUGAGAGGCUAAUGGAGUCUGAAAUGCCGAAUAGUUGCUUAAUGCCGCCACCGCCAAUGCAGUCAUAUCAUGGAGAAAUCGCAAUGAGAAAUGCCAUGGUAACCGGAAUGCCACCCGGCCUCACGAUACCUCCACCAGGAUUAUGCCUGCCUGGCCCGGAGCAAAUGCCUAUGGGAUCCGGCGGUACAACUCAAUACGUUCACCUUGGUUUCCCAUCCAUGAACCAUAUGCCGCCAGCGUGGACGGGUCAGGUUAUGAUGGGAAACCAGCUGAUGUAUCAUACCGGCGACGUGCUGGCUUAUCCACAUUCUCCUUUAGUCAGCCGCCAGUCUUCGCCGUCCCAGUCACGAUCUCCUAGUCGCAGCAAUUCGCCGAUGGGUCGUGGCAGGAAUAACGCGAAUCCGCGUACUUCGUCCUCGCAAGUGACCCAGUCCAGUUCGAGCACCCUCACGACGUCGUCGAGCGGCUCCAACAACAGUCAAACGAGUAUCUCCGGCUCGAACGCUAUCAACAGCAAUAACAGUAACAACAGUAGUAACAGUAACAACAGCAACAACAACAACAAUUCUCUACCGCCCUUACCAGCGCUCGGCGCGAGCAGAAGUCUUCCUAGUCAACCGCCAUUGCUACCGUCGUCGCGACCAGUUCCUUUGCCCAUCACGAGCACGUCGACCUUCUCUCGCCAUAAUUCCGUCGACAACGCUCCGUCGUCGACUCUGAUUCCGGCGACCCAGUCGAAACAACCCCCGCCACCGCCUAGACUCAGGCCGUCGAAUUCCGGUGAUUCUCUUCGGGAGACCCUAGGCAAGGAGAUGCCGAACUUUAAGAGCAAUCUACAAAACCUCUCCCUCGACGAAAUUAGAAGGUUGAGCGACGAAGAUUUAAGGGAAAUCGGCUUGACGCCGAACGCGGUAGGACAGUUGAGGAGUAUAGUCAAGAGUCAAACCAAUGGCUUAAAUCAGAUUUCAACGGAUAAGAAGCUGGAUAAUACUAGCAAUACCACGCAUUCGGUUACCGAGGCGAUCGAGAACGAAGCUGCACCAGGUAUGGAGGUCUUGGGUGAUAAUAGUAAUACAAGCGGGAAAUCAAUACCAUUACAACAGGAACAACAUCCGGCGAUACAUAAUUACCAGAAUCACGUAACCACUCCUAACGUACGGCGUUAUCCCAUGCCGUCGAUGGAUCCCGCGCAAAUACAAAUGUAUCCUCCGCCGCAGAUGUACACGGCCCAGAACUCCUGUUAUGCCUGCCUCACUGUACCAGUAGCUGGAAUGCAAAAUCGAUUUGCAAGAUGCAACGCUCAGCACAUGUACUGCCUUGCGCAACUGCAAACGCUACGACUCGACUCCGAGAGCAGUCGGCACUGCUCUCAAAGCAGCAGUUCCGAUAGCACCGGUAGCAGAUCACCUCCGGAGACGCCGCCAGCCGUUCCGUGGGUCGGCAGCAACGACAACAACAAUGUCACCGAUCACCUGAACUCGGUGCACUCGUCGGCGACGGCGCCGCCACAGCCCCCGCAUAUCGGCGCGUCAGCCUCGACGUCCCAGCAACAGCAGCAGCCGAUGCAGUCGUCGGUGCCACCGGAGAGCAGACAACUCACCAGGAAGAAUCCGCAGGCGCGCGCGAUGCGACAGAAGAGCCAGGGAAUGCUGAACGGGCUCGGGAACAACGGGAACAACGGCGGACCGCCGAAUCUGCCGCACUGCGUUUCCUUCCCGGCGCCACCGACACAUUCGCAGCUUGCGUAUCUGCCGCACGGUCACGCCUUCCCGGCCGCGUUGCGGCCCGGUAACAGCGGCAUCUACUCCAACUUCCUGCACGGUCCGUCCGCGCGAGGACCAGCUUACCCGCCGGCGUACCAGCCGAACGGCGAGAUCAUGUACUCGUACACGGGGCAUCCCGCCGCGUCCGGCAGUACCCCGCCGCCGCCGCCGACCGCGGCGGCCGCCGCGACGCCGGUGCAAGCGUCAUACAUGCCGCCCACGUCGGUGGUGACGUAUGCGGCGGCGGCGGUAAUCCCGCCAGCGAAAAUCUCUUGCUACAACUGCGGUAGUAGUAGUCACCUCGCGGUAGACUGCAAGGAUCAGACGAUGGAGGACCUCACGAAGAAAGCCCAGUAUCGACUGGAUUACACAAUAAUGAAGCAGUCCGGGGAGUGCCCGAGUUCCGACAAGUGAUCCC